AUGAGUCGUAGAAGAGUACAUGAAGAGGAUGAUGGCUAUGAUCGAGUAUAUAAGAAACGUAGGAGGGUAUCAGAAAAUCAAGAGAUUGAAGAUCGCCUUGAAUCUCUCAUUCUUCGCGUCGGAGAAAAAUCAACUUCAUCUCUGGAAAGUAAUUUGGAAGGUUUGGCUUCUGUAUUAGAAGCUGACCUGGGUCUAUUCCGCAGCAAAAUACUUCGAAUUUUAACUGAUUGUGCUAUUAAAAUGCCAGAGAAAUGUACUAUUUAUACUACUCUUGUUGGAUUAUUAAAUGCAAAAAAUUUCAAUUUUGGAGGAGAAUUUGUUGAUUAUAUGGUGAAAAAUUUCAAAGAUUCCUUAAAAGCAUGCAAAUGGGAUGUGGCUAGGUAUUCUCUUAGAUUCCUAGCUGAUUUGGUAAAUUGUCAUGUUUUAUCAUGUGGAUCAUUAAUGCAAUUAUUUGACAAUAUGCUGGAUGCUGCAAAUGAAGAUGGUGUGCCGCAAGUAAGACGUGACUGGUAUGUUUAUGCUGUCUUAUCAACAUUACCAUGGGUCGGGAGAGAAUUAUAUGAGAAAAAGGAACAAGAAUUGGAUCAUUUAAUGGUUACAAUAGAGAUAUUUUUGAAUAAACGAAACAAGAAACACCAACCAGCAUUGAGAGUAUGGUCAAGUGACACGCCACAUCCACAAGAAGAAUAUUUAGAUUGUUUGUGGGCACAAGUUCGAAAAUUAAGACAAGAUAAUUGGGCCGAGAAACAUAUUCCACGACCAUAUCUUGCAUUUGAUUCAAUAUUGUGUGAAGCAUUACAACAUAAUCUACCCCCUUUGAUGCCGCCUCCACAUCAUGAAUCUUAUUCUUAUCCAUUACCCACUGUUGUCUUUCGUAUGUUUGAUUAUACAGAUUGUCCUGCUGAAGGACCAUUAUUACCAGGAAGUCAUGCUAUCGAGAGAUUUUUAAUAGAAGAGCAUUUACGGCAAAUCAUUAAUAAUUAUUAUUUCGAGAGGAAAGAUUGUGCUGCACAACUGUUAAACUUCCCAUUCAAAGCCAAAAUUCCUUUAGACUAUUGUAUUGUUGAAGUAAUAUUCGGCGAAUUGUUUAGACUGCCCACUCCAAAACAUUUAGAGAUUUGUUACGGAUCAAUUUUAAUAGAACUUUGCAAAUUGCAGCCUUCAACUAUGCCACAGGUACUAGCGCAAGCAACAGAAAUCCUAUUUCGUCGUAUAGAUAGUAUGGCAGCUACCGCUUUCGAUCGUUUUGUUUGGUGGUUUGCAUAUCAUUUGAGUAACUUUCAAUUUCGUUGGUCAUGGGAAGAUUGGGAUUCUUGUUUGCAACGCGAUUCAGAACAUCCAAGACCAAAAUUUAUACGGGAGGUUCUGUUGAAGGCAUUGAGAUUAUCAUAUUAUCAAAGAAUUCGAGAUAUGAUGCCAGACUCGUAUGUAGAUUUGAUUCCAGCAGUUCCUGAGCCUGUAUAUAAAUAUUCAUCUGAAGGCGCUAGUUCACUCCCUGGUACAGCUGCAGCUCAUGAAUUGGUAGUUUCUAUAAGACGUAAAUGCACACCAGAAGAAGUAUUAAAUGUAUUAAAUACACUGCCUGGUCCUAGAGAAAACGAAGAGACGAAUAAUUACAAUCCGUUAAAGAUUGACGUCUUUGUACAAACUUUAUUGAAUCUUGGUUCGAAAAGUUUCAGUCACAGUUUUGCGGCUAUAGUAAAAUUUCAUUACGUUUUCAAGGUACUCGCUGAGACUGAAGAAGCACAAAUAUGUAUUUUAAGAAACAUGUACGCGUUAUGGAAGAAUCAUUAUCAAAUGAUGGUGGUAUUAACGGACAAGUUUUUGAAAACUGGUAUAAUUGAAUGUAGUGCUAUCGCCAACUGGAUAUUUUCCAAAGAGAUGGCAUCGGAAUUUACAAAAUUAUACAUUUGGGAAAUACUGCAUUUGACGAUACGUAAAAUGAACAAGCACGUAACAAAAUUAAGCACAGAAUUAACAGAGGCGAGAGAAAAACUGAGGAGAGCAGAAAGUAGAUCAGGCUCUUCUUCAGACGAGGAGGAUAAUAAUAAAGAGAGAAACAGGGAGAGGCCAUCGGAGGAUGUGGUAGAACGAAUGGAGGAAAAGCUGGAAGCUGCGCAAGCAGAUCAGAAAAAUUUAUUUCUCAUUAUAUUUCAGCGUUUUAUAAUGAUCCUAUCGGAGCAUUUAGUACGCUGCGACACAGACGGAAUUGACUAUAACACACAUUGGUAUAAAUGGACUGUAGGAAGAUUGCAACAAGUUUUCUUAUCUCAUCAAGAACAAGUACAAAAAUAUUCGUCGACACUGGAGACCUUGCUUUUUACUCCGGACUUGGAUCCUCAUAUUUUAGACGUAUUCCAUCAAUUUGUUUCUCUACGAGCAUAAAAAAAAAUUAUAUAUAAUGUAUUCAUAUUGAAGUACAUUUGAGUUAGUCAACUAGACUACAUCAAACUACAUUUAAAUUUAUAAAUUAAGUUACAAUAAAAUACAUUUUUGAAAUUUUGA